CCGGGACUCCAUUUCCUCCGGGUGAAAUGUCAGGCUGCGGGGCCGGCUCCGUGAGGGGUGCUCGAUGAGGUGUGGAUGGUGUUGACGCAGACGCGCGGCGGGCGUGGCCCUGAGCUUGUGUUCCUGGACUCCAGCCAUCUUGGGAUCUGCCUCUUCAUUUUGCAGAUGGGAAACUGAGACUCAGGAUGGACCCCUUCGAGGACACGCUGCAGCGGCUGCGGGAGGCCUUCCGCUUGGGGCGGACGCAGCCGGCCGAGUUCCGGGCUGCACAGCUCAAGGGCCUGGGCCGCUUCCUGCAGGACCACAAGCAGCUGCUGCAGGAGGCGCUGGCGCAGGACCUGCACAAGUCAGCCUUUGAGUCGGACGUGUCUGAGAUCAGCAUCAGCCAGGGCGAGAUUAACUUGGCCCUCAGGAACCUGCGGGCCUGGAUGAAGGAUGAGACGGUGCCCAAGAACCUGGCCACCCAGCUGGACUUGGCCUUCAUCCGGAAGGAGCCCUUCGGCCUGGUGCUCAUCAUCGCCCCCUGGAACUACCCCCUGAACCUGACGCUGGUGCCCCUGGUGGGCGCCCUCGCUGCAGGGAACUGCGUGGUGCUGAAGCCCUCGGAGAUCAGCAAGAACACCGAGAAGAUCCUGGUCGAGGUGCUGCCCCAAUACCUGGACCGGAGCUGCUUUGCCGUGGUGAUGGGCGGGCCCGAGGAGACAGGGCAGUUGCUGGAGCACAAGUUCGACUACAUCUUCUUCACGGGGAGCCCUCAAGUCGGCAAGAUUGUCAUGGCCGCAGCCGCCAAGCACCUGACGCCCGUCACGCUGGAGCUAGGGGGCAAGAACCCCUGCUACGUGGACGACAACUGCGACCCCCAGAUCGUGGCCAACCGAGUGGCCUUUUUCCGCUACUUCAACGCCGGCCAGACCUGCGUGGCCCCCGACUACGUCCUGUGCAGCCCCGACAUGCAGGAGCGGCUGGUGCCCGCCCUGCAGAGCGCCAUCGCCCGCUUCUAUGGCGAAGACCCCAGGGCCUCCCCAGACCUGGGCCGCAUCAUCAAUGAGAAGCACUUCCAGCGGCUCCGGGGCCUGCUGGGCUGUGGCCGCGUGGUCAUCGGGGGCCAGAGUGAGGAGAGCGACCGCUACAUCGCCCCCACGGUGCUGGUGGACGUGCAGGAGACGGAGCCGGUGAUGCAGGAGGAGAUCUUCGGGCCCAUCCUGCCCAUCAUGACCGUGAGGAGCCUGGACGAGGCCAUCGACUUCAUCAACCGCCGGGAGAAGCCCCUGGCCCUGUACGCCUUCUCCAACAGCAGCCAGGUGGUCAGGCAGGUGCUGGCCCGGACCAGCAGCGGGGGCUUCUGUGGCAACGACGGCUUCAUGCACCUGAUCCUCGCCAGCCUGCCUUUCGGAGGAGUGGGGGCCAGCGGCAUGGGCAGCUACCACGGCAAGUUCUCCUUCGACACCUUCUCCCACCACCGCGCCUGCAUGCUGCGCAGCUCUAGAAUGGAGAAGAUUUACUCCAUCCGCUACCCACCCUACUCGCCGCGCAACCUGAGGAUGCUGCUGGUGGCCAUGGAGGCCCGGAGCUGCAGGUGCACCCUGCUCUGAGCCCACCUCGGGCACCAGGGUACCAAGUGUCCCUCCUGGCAAUGUCCGAGUCCUCCUGUCACCUGUGGGUGGAGAUGUGGCCUCGGGUCCAGGGAACAAGGAUGAAAAGACCUGCCAGGGCCCCAGCCCAGCCCAGCCCGGGCUCGCCCUCCUCCUCGGCCUUCCAUCUUCUGGCCCUCAGCCUCCUCCUCAACUGCCCCCAAACUAGGAUGGAAACCUCAAUGCUAGGCACCUGCAUCCCGGGAGCGGGCAGACGUGGGCACCUGUGGGCCACGCCCUUCCUGAGGAGGGUGCGGAAGGGGCGUGGACAUCUGGUUCAGGCCACAUCGCAGACCUGUUGUGACCCGGGCGUCCCUGUCCUGAGCUGCUCCCCAUCUGUACAGUGGAGGUGACUAACAAUCAGUAUCUCAGAUGGUUGUGAGAUUACAUUUGGGAGCUUAAUAAAUACGAGCUGCUGACCCCGA